GAUCCUCAAUUUCUUACAGAUUCUGCUAAAAUAAAGACAGUGGUACUCUGAAAACUGUGUUUGCUCUGGGAAUCCGAGGUUGAAAAAGCUUCACACUCUGCAACCAACUUCAAUGGCCAACGAAGAUGGACAAGUUAUUGUGAAACCCUCUUCACUUCCUUCAUACCGUGAGAUGAUUUUGAAGGCGAUUGAUGGUCGGAACGAAGAGAAUGGGUCCAACAAAACUUCAAUAGCCAAGUACAUAGAAUCUACAUAUGGUGAGUUGCUGCCUCCGGGUCACAAGGUCCUGCUCAACGUGCACCUUGCAAAGAUGAGGGACAGUGGGGAGUUAGUGUUUUGGAAAAACAACUACACUAAGCGUGACAUUAACGCGCCGCCGCGGCCCCGGGGCCGCGGCAGGCCCCCAAAGCCUAAGGAACAGGGUGCUGUUGUGGAGUCGCCGAGGCCUAGGGGCCGCCCUGCUAAGGACCCGAAUGCCCCGCCAAGCUCUCCCAAGGUUAAGGCCUCAGGUGGGAGUGGCAGGCCUAGAGGCCGGCCUAGGAAGACGGCCCAGCCUGGUGAAGCACUUCCGGUCCCAGCUGGGAGUGGGAGGCCCAGAGGUAGACCUCCAAAGAUGCAGUGCACAUUGACUGAAAUUAGUGCUUAACAAUAGAACCCUUGUUUUGGGGUUUAGACCUGAUGUGGAAAUUGAAGUGUUGUUUUCAGAAAAGAGGAUAGAUUGGAUGUGCUGGGUUAGGUUCUGCUCUGUUUGUGUGUUAGACUUUAGAUGAGUUGUUAACAUGUUAUGUACAAUUGUGUAGUGGUAGUUGGCUAGUAGCUGAGCUCUGUGGGUUUGGUUUGUAAAUUUUAAUUGUUAAACAAUGGGGAUAUGAUCAUAUGAACCUCAUAAAUUCUUGAUUUGAAGAAUCUGUGUGUUCUAUUCAA